AUCGCCGCAUCCAGUACUGAUUUUAUUGUGAUAUUAUAAGAAUCCUGCAAGUUUAAUAUAAUAUAUAUCGCUCCGCCCGCUACAAUAUACUUAACAAGAAACCGCUUUUAAUUUUGUGGACAAGGACGACGGACGAACGGAACUAAGGCAGAAUAAACCAAUACAGAACGAGUUUCAUGUUAUUGUAAAUAGCUUUGAUGUGGGAAUGACAGCGUUGGUGAUUGCCGGAGCAGUGCAGGCACAGGACAAGUUUCCACAACUAGACCCGAAACUUGCCCAUUACCACACCGCUGCCUGGAGGUGGACCUUAAGGCAGUUGACUCUAUACCCGGAACUUAAGAAGUUUUGCCAAUUGCACAAAGUAUGGCGUCGACGAUUCCACUACGAGGAUGUGUUCGUACCCGAAUGGUUAAAAAAAAUGUUGGUAUGGGUUGAUGACACCUCAUGGGAUAAAGAAGAAAAUAUCACUCAGCGGUACAAUAUAUACGCAAAACGAGAAUUUAACAAGGCAGAUAGAUAUCCACCCAAGAAAUUCGUUUCAAAUGAAUCAUUCAGCAAUUCAACCAGUACAUUCUAUCCAGGCAAAUUUGAAAAAACACUAUAUUAGACGUGAUCAUAAGUGAUAUCAACUGAAAUCAUAAAUGAAACAAAAACUGAGCCAAACGAAAAAAUAUUUGGGAAAUUAAGAAAUUAUGAAACACGUCAUUUUCAUAGCAAGUAUAAUAUUAUAUUAUUAAUAAUUAAAAAUACAAGGCCUUGAAUACCUACGUACCACUGGUUAUCUAGUAGGAACAAGAUAUAAAGACAAUGAAUUCCAACGGAACCCAAAUUACACGGCUACGGUUUAUUAAUAAUUCAAUACUGUUCUCUAAACAAGGCCCUAGUCUUAAUAAAUGCUCAAAGUAGGCAAUUUCUUAUUAAUUAACUCAGCUUUACAUACUACUGCACAGUACUUACAUGUAUUCGUUAUGAUAACUAGAGAGGCAAGACAACCUAACUGAUAGGUCCUUAUAGUGUAUUGGUUUUGAAAGUCACCUCAAGCUGACCACCGCGCCGGUAAGAUAUGAUCGAAUUGCACACAGCUACAACUUUUAUAAGUACCUACACUCUCUUUAGACUUGCAUAGGUACAUCCGAAAUAUGUUUUAGUAAAACAUAAUAAUGUAAAUUCUUACAAUUCUUAUUAGUCAAUUCGAUCAAUUGUUCAGUUUACAAUAAGUCUUUGGCUUAAUUAAUCAUUAUUGAAAAGUAUAAUUAAAUCAUUAAUGAAACGAAUUAAAAGUAUAAUUAGAUUUUAGUAGAUUAUUCAUUUCAUCAGAUAUAAAAUGAUUGUUUUGUCAUUUCUUAAUUACUAAUUACUGAACUAUAGACACAAUUUGUACCUAUCCAUUUGACAAGACUCUGCGUACCACAAAAAGGCGAUAUCUACACAUUAUUACAACGACCCAGUAUGUAAUGUAAUAUGUACGACCCAGAACAAAUUCGUUUUUAAAACAACAUACUUUUUAGAAUAUCAUGUACUAUUAAUGUUUUUUUUUUAAUUAAUACGAAACUUAUGGAUU